GGCCAGCGCUGACGGCCUCUCCGGAUAGCCCCCUCUCCGCGCCCCCCGGCACCGCUGUCACCCGCCGGCCACCAUGGACCCCCAGAGCGACGCAGAGGGGGGGUCCGGCCACGAGCCCUCGCUGGAGCUCCUGUCCCGUGCCCAGCUCCACGCCGCCCUCCCCGCCCCAGGGGCGGAGGGGCCGGCGGAGGCGCGCGGGGCGCCCGAGGCGUGCGGGGAGCGGCGGGGGCCGGGGCUGGACGCGGCGGCGCGGGAGCGGCAGCUGCAGCGGGAGCUGCUGGCCCUCAAGCAGCAGCAGCAGCUCCAGAAGCAGCUGCUCUUCGCCGAGUUCCAGAAGCAGCACGAGCACCUCACCCGCCAGCACGAGGUCCAGCUCCAGAAGCACCUCAAGCAGCAGCAGGAAGCGCUGGCCGCCCGCCGGCAGCAGGAGCUGGAGCAGCAGCGGCAGCGGGAGCGGCAGGAGGCCCUGGAGCAGCAGCAGCGCCUGGAGCAGCUCCAUGCCCUGCGCACCAAGGACAAGAGCCGCGAGAGCGCCAUCGCCAGCACGGAGGUGAAGCUGAAGCUGCAGGAGUUCCUGCUCAGCAAGACGAAGGAGCCAGGCACCGCCCCCAACCAUUCCCUCCCCCAGCACCCUAAAUGUUGGGCUCACCACACCUCGUUGGACCAGAGUUCCCCCCCCCAAACCGGCAGCCCGGGGACACCCCCAUCCUACAAACUCCCCCUCCUCGGCACCUACGACGGCCGGGAUGAUUUCCCACUCCGCAAAACUGCCUCCGAACCCAACCUGAAAGUGCGGUCGCGGUUAAAACAGAAGGUAGCGGAGAGGAGGAGCAGUCCCCUGCUGCGGAGGAAGGACGGCACCGUCAUCAGCACCUUCAAGAAGCGAGCCAUCGAGAUCACGGUGUCCUCGGUGUGCAGCAGCGCCCCGGGCUCCGGGCCCAGCUCCCCCAACAGCUCCCACAGCGCCAUCGCCGAGAACGGCUUCACCGGCUCCGUCCCCAACAUCCACGCCGAGCAGCUCCUGCCCCAGCACCGAGCCCUCACCCUGGACGGCGCCAGCCAGCUCAGCCUCUACACGUCCCCGUCCCUGCCCAACAUCUCCCUGGGGCUGCAGGCCACCGUCACCGUCACCAACUCCCACCUCAACGCGUCCCCCAAGCUGUCGCCGCAGGCGGAGGCCGAGCGCCCGGCAGUGGCCGCCCUGCGUCCCGGGGCCGCCCUCACCGGCAAGUUCCUGAGCACCUCCUCCAUCCCGGGCUGCCUGCUGGGGGUGGCCCUGGAGGGGGACCCCCCCACCGGCCCCGCGUCCCUGCUGCAGCACGUCCUGCUGCUGGAGCAAGCGCGCCAGCAGAGCACCCUCAUUGCCGUGCCGCUGCAUGGGCAGUCGCCGCUGGUGACGGGGGAGCGCGCGGGGAGCGUGCGGACGGUGAGCAAGCUGCCGCGGCACCGGCCCCUGAGCCGCACGCAGUCGUCCCCGCUGCCCCAGAGCCCCCAGGCCCUGCCCCACGGCGCCCUGCCCCACGGCGCCCUGCCCCACGGCACCCUCCAGCACCACUUCCUCGACAAGCAGCAGGUCCAGCUGGGCAAGCUGCUCCCCAAGCCGGGGGAGCUGGCGCGGCAGCCCCCCACCCACCCCGAGGAGACGGAGGAGGAGCUGACGGAGCAGCAGUCGCCCCCCCCGGAUGAUGGGGUACCCCCUGGCCCCCCCUCGCCCUCGUCUCUCCGGAUGCUGGGGACCCCCGGAACGGCUGCAGGCGGGGACGAGGCCGAGGUCCCCGGGGUCCCCGAUGUCACCGAGCUGGGGGUCACAUACAAGCAGGUGUUCCCCGAGGCGCCGCUGCAGCUGUACCCCGCUCCCCCCUUGGGCAUCCUGGCGUUGCCCCACCCGGCCCUCGCCCGCACCCAGUCGUCCCCCGCCAGCGCCGGCGUCAAGCCCCCCGCGCCCGACGGGCCCCCCAAGCACCUCUUCACCACAGGCGUGGUGUACGACACGUUCAUGCUGAAGCACCAGUGCACGUGCGGGAACACCAACAUCCACCCCGAGCACGCCGGCCGCAUCCAGAGCAUCUGGUCCCGUCUGCAGGAGACCGGCCUUCUCGGCAAGUGCGAGCGCAUCCGGGGCAGGAAGGCGACGCUGGAGGAGAUCCAGACGGUGCACUCGGAGCAUCACACGCUGCUCUACGGCACCAGCCCCCUCAACCGCCAGAAGCUCGACAGCAAGAAGCUCCUGGGUCCCAUCAGCCAGAAGAUGUACGCCGUGCUGCCGUGUGGGGGCAUCGGGGUGGACAGUGACACAGUGUGGAACGAGAUGCACUCGUCCAGCGCCGUGCGCAUGGCGGUGGGCUGCCUGGUGGAGCUCGCCUUCAAGGUGGCCGCCGGGGAGAUCAAGAACGGCUUCGCCGUCAUCCGCCCCCCAGGACACCACGCAGAGGAGUCCACGGCCAUGGGCUUCUGCUUCUUCAACUCGGUGGCCAUCUCGGCCAAACUGCUCCAGCAGAAGCUGAGCGUGGGCAGGAUCCUCAUCGUGGACUGGGACAUCCACCACGGGAACGGCACCCAGCAAGCCUUCUACAGCGACCCCGACGUCCUCUACAUCUCCCUCCACCGCUACGACGAUGGCAACUUCUUCCCAGGCAGUGGGGCGCCUGAGGAGGUACCGGGGGGCGGGAUGGGAGUGGGCUACAACAUCAACAUCGCCUGGACCGGCGGCGUCGACCCCCCCAUCGGGGACGUGGAGUAUCUCACCGCCUUCAGGACCGUGGUGAUGCCCAUCGCCAACGAGUUCUCCCCGGACGUGGUGCUGGUCUCGGCCGGCUUCGACGCCGUCGAGGGUCACCUCUCCCCGCUCGGCGGCUACUCCGUCACCGCCAAAUGUUUCGGCCACUUGACGAAGCAGCUGAUGAUGCUGGCGGGGGGCCGGGUGGUGCUGGCGCUGGAGGGGGGGCACGACCUGACGGCCAUCUGCGACGCCUCGGAGGCCUGCGUCUCCGCUCUGCUCGGCCUGGAGCUGGAGCCCCUGGAUCCAUCCCUCCUGCAGCAGAAGCCAAACGUGAACGCGGUGGCCACCCUGGAGAAGGUCAUCGAGAUCCAGAGCAAGCACUGGGGCUCGGUGAAGCGCUUUGCGGCGGCCGUGGGCUGCUCCUUGCUGGAGGCGCAGAAGGGGGAGGCGGAGGAGGCCGAGACGGUGACGGCCAUGGCCCUGCUCUCGGUGGGCGCCGAGCAGGGGAGCGCCGACCCCCAGCCCAGGCCGGCGGAGGAGCCGAUGGAGGCCGAGCCCAUGCUGUGACCCGCCGUCCCCCCGGCCCCUCGCCGCACAGCCGAGAUUUUUUUUUUCCGUUUCCGAAAAAGAAAGAAACACCGAGAAGAGAAGAAACACACACACACACACACACACACACAAAAAAAAAUCACGUUUGGGGGGGAAAAAAAAACCAACAAAAAAACCACGUUAAAAAAAAAAGGACAAAAAAACCCACCCCGAAAUGGAAGAAACUGGGAGGAAAAACAGAAAAAAAGAAGAAAAUAUUUUCUUUUUCUAUUAAAAAGAGGAGAAAAACACAAAAAAAUACCCCCCCCCGUCCUGUUGGACCCAGCUCCACGCGGUGUUUGCAGUCAUGUCUCUUGUGAAGCAUCGGUUCCACCAGCACCCCCGCUCCUCCCGCCCCCUCCGUCCGUCCGUCCCUCCGUCCGUCCGUCCGUUGGGUUUUCCCGUCGCUGCCCCGGGCCCCCCCGGCCCCCCGCCGCAGCUCCUCUCUUUUUUUUUUUAGGGGGUUUUCCUUGUUUUCUUCCCCCCCCUUUUUUUUUCCCACUCGUUCCCUCCCCGGCUCCGGCAUCCGUCUGUCCCCCCCCGGGGGAGGCGAUGGGAAAUAUUCGUGCCUUUAAUUAAGUCUUUUUUUUUUUUUUUUAAUGCCUUAAUUUCCCUGUGAUUUUUUGGGUUUUGUCAAUUUUCUU